CAGCACUGCCUCGCUGAGAUGCCUGGGAUAAAAUGCAAGUCUUCCUGGCUGUACCUAAGUAUCACUUUCUGCAAGCGUAAGACUCCGCUGAACAUCCUAUUUUUGCCACCAGAGAAGUGAUGGCACAUUUUAGACAAAAGAACUUCGUACACAAUUAGAACAACUCAAGAGAGUUUCCUCUUGCUAUUUCAUCGAUCAAUUAUACCACAUUAUUAAAAAAGAGAGCAAAAUGGAGCCCCAUGCAUUCCUGAGGAAAGCAUAUGGCUCUAAGACCACUUGAGGGCAGUAAAGGAUAUUUCAGUACAACUUCCAGUCACAGAGAUGACAGGCCAUACAUUUAUUUCUGUGAACGGAUUGAAGGAAAACGAAAUGACAGAAACCAAAGGUGAUGAUGCUGUAGCUGGCCAUUGUAUAUGAAGAACAGCCUUAAAGAGACCUUAUGGUGGGAGAAUGGAGUGAUCCUGUUCCUAUUCCACAUUCUGAGCUGUGUAUGCAAAGGUAAAAGUCCCUGCUUUUGCAAUGGCAUGAAGGGUAGUAAGGGUGAAAAAGGCUUUCCUGGUGUUCCAGGUCCACCUGGUCACAGAGGGUUUCCUGGUCCAGAAGGACCUCCAGGACCACAGGGACCAAAGGGUUCUCCAGGUGUUACAGGCUUAGCUGGACCCAAAGGUAUACGAGGAGCCCCAGGAAUACCUGGAUUUUCAGGUCCCCCAGGCCUUCCAGGUGAACCGGGAACUGUCGGUCCUCCUGGGCGCUCGGGUGCUCCAGGAUGUAAUGGCACAAAGGGCGAUCGAGGUUUUCCAGGUCCUCCAGGUAGAAGAGGUGCUCCAGGCAUUCCAGGUAUUGAUGGCAUCAAAGGAGAGAAGGGGUUCCCUGCAGAUGGAUAUAACCAAGGAUAUGGUGCAAAAGGUGAUCCUGGAUUGCCAGGAGUGCCUGGACUUCAGGGUGUCCAGGGUGCUCAAGGGUACCCUGGAGAACUUGGACCACAGGGCCCUCCAGGAGCUUCAGGCAUGCCAGGGGUAGCAGGACCUCCUGGACCUAAGGGUCUUAUGGGACUGAAAGUGAUAGGAACCAAAGGAAGAAAGGGUGACACUGGAUUAACGGGACCCCCUGGACCACCAGGAACAGUUAUUGUGACAUUAAGUGGACCAGACAACAUGACGGAUUUGAAAGGAGAGAAAGGAGAAAAAGGAUCAAGAGGACUUCCAGGGCCAAUGGGGUUUACAGGGCCGGUUGGUGAUUCUGAAAGUGAAAAGGGUGAUCGAGGAGAACCUGGAGCCCAGGGUAAACCUGGAAAAGACGGUGCCCCAGGUCCACCUGGCUUACCGGGACAAAAGGGUGAACAGGGCGAACCAGGACUGGCUGGAAGGCAAGGAGCUAAGGGGAUGAAAGGGAUGAAAGGUCCACCUGGAGCUUCUGGUCAAACGGAGUAUUAUGAUAAUGCAAUUGGUGAAAAAGGAGAUGAGGGACCCCCUGGACCUCCAGGACCAAGAGGUCAGCGCGGCAUGCCUGGACCACCGGGUCCUCCUGGAGAUGCUGGUAGACCAGGUGUAUCAAGACCUGGUUUGAGAGGUCCUCCAGGAUUUCCUGGACCAAAAGGAACAAAAGGAGAGAAAGGACAAACCGGCUUGUGUAUUGUAGGACCUCCAGGACUACCUGGUAUUACUGGCAGGCCUGGCUCUGUUGGAUUACCAGGUCCUCCAGGAGAACCAGGUAGAGUAACAUUUGGAACAGGCCUACCAGGACUUCCUGGAGAACCAGGGUGUAUAGGACCUCCAGGACCUCCAGGAGAUACUGGCAUGAAAGGUGAUGAAGCUUUCGUGUGUACUGAUUGCAUCUAUAUUCCGGGAAUACCUGGUCUUCCUGGUUCUCCUGGGCCACACGGCCAGGAUGGCAUGCCUGGUAGAGAAGGAACAACAGGUCCGAAAGGUCCUCCAGGUUCUCCAGGAGCACCGGGAUUUCCAGGAGCUCAAGGACCUCCAGGUUUUAGAGGGGAUCCAGGAUAUAAAGGCUCAAAAGGUGAACCAGGAGAUGUGUAUCCAGAAGGGCCACAAGGUGAGCGAGGAGAUCCGGGGUCCAGGGGAAUCAAAGGAAGAAAAGGUUCAAGUGGAUUUCUGGGAAGACCUGGCUCUAAAGGAUCCAAGGGUUAUAAAGGUGAAGAGGGAUUGGCUGGUUCAAAAGGAGAUAGAGGACUACCUGGAUUGCCUGGCAGUUUUGGUCUUCCUGGAGAGAUGGGGCUUCCUGGACUGCCAGGAUAUGGACCACAAGGAGUAAAAGGUUUCAAAGGCUCUAAAGGAAUACCUGGUCCACCUGGAUUACCUGGAGAAACUGGUCUGAAAGGAGAGACCGGUAGGAUAACUCCAUUACCUGCAUUGCCAGGACCUCAAGGACCAGAUGGUUUACCUGGACCCCCAGGAGUGCCUGGUACCGUUGGAGCAAGAGGUCAGCCAGGUGAUUCAGGACAACCAGGGCCAACAGGUGACACAGGCUUUCCAGGACUUGGGUUUCCUGGAAUCCCAGGUCCAAAAGGUGAUAAAGGACUUGCAGGAAGCAGAGGGUCACCAGGUUGUGAAGGAAAGAUUGGAGAUCCAGGCCGAGCUGGAAACCUGGGACAACCAGGAGAAAAGGGUGACCCAGGCAUGGUUAUUCCUGGAGAGCCAGGUAGACUGGGUUCACCAGGAGGUCGUGGCAUUCCUGGCUCAAAAGGUGAUACUGGAUUUCCAGGACUUCCAGGCCUACCAGGGCAUGCUGGACAUGAUGGUGAUGAUGGUCUAAGAGGAGAUCGUGGCUCACCUGGAGUUCCUGGAGACCCAGGUUUUCCAGGGAAACCUGCUGAAUGUCUUAUUGGCCUGCCAGGUUUGCCAGGUGGCCAGGGAGCUACAGGCCCACCAGGAGGAAGAGGUUCACAAGGUUCAAAAGGAAAACUGGGUCCUCCUGGCUUGAGUAUCCCAGGAAGCUAUGGAGAGCCUGGGGAACCAGGAUUAACAGGUCUUCAGGGAAAUACAGGAUUACCUGGUCCCAAGGGACAGUCUGGAAGGCCAGGAAUCUCUGGUGUGCCAGGCUCAAGGGGAGAACCAGGUAUAAUGGGCCUGUUGGGAUUUCCUGGACCCCCUGGCAUGAUUGGAAGACCAGGCUAUGCGGGUAUCAGAGGUUCUCCUGGCUUCCCAGGACUAAAGGGAAGAAAAGGGUUUCUUGGAGCAAAAGGCGAACCAGGUGAUAAAGGUUUUCCUGGACCAUCCGAGACCUUGGUUGGUGUUGGGAGUAAAGGAGAACGAGGCUUAAAAGGAGUUCAAGGAAGAAUGGGUCUAAGAGGAGAAAAAGGAGAUGGUGGUGUGCAAGGUCCUCCAGGUCUUGAUGGGUCUGAAGGAAUACCUGGUCUACCAGGUGUCAAAGGAUUUAUGGGUCUUCCAGGGAUGCCUGGAGGACAAGGAUUCCCAGGUGCACCAGGAAACAAAGGGGACAUGGGAAUUCCAGGUCCAAAAGGACAGAAAGGAUCUCCAGGCUUUCCAGGACCAUCAGGUGACCCUGGUCCACCGGGCUAUGGUGGCUUUCCAGGUGACAAAGGAGAUCCUGGGUACCCAUCUGCCGGGCCUCCAGGAGAACCUGGUCCAAAGGGAGAUCCAGGCCUCCCAGGAGUUUUGGGCAGCAAAGGAGAAAAAGGAUCCCAAGGUCAUCCAGGACAUAAAGGAGUACCAGGACCGCAUGGGAUCAGAGGGGAAACUGGAGGUGCAGGAAUCCCAGGAAAGCUUGGACCUCCUGGAGAUACUGGUGUUAAAGGACGGCAAGGCCGCCCAGGACAACAGGGCAUUGCAGGCCCUCCUGGUGCUGUUGGAGACCCUGGAAAAAACGGACUUAUUGGUGAAAGAGGUGAUCAAGGUCAGGAUGGUAUGCCUGGUCCCCCAGGAGUAAAGGGAGAACCAGGAGCACCAGGGAGAGGAAUCCCUGGCUUUCGAGGUAUUCCUGGCCAUAGAGGAGUCAAAGGGGACAUGGGACUGCCUGGUUUUCCUGGGCCACCGGGUAUGAAAGGUCAUCAGGGUGAUCAAGGACCUAUUGGACCUCCUGGCUUAGUGGGGUUACCUGGAUUUCAAGGCACAACAGGCAUGGCAAUUACUGGCCAGAAAGGGAAUAGAGGUAUUGCUGGUGCAGAUGGAAGACCAGGUUCUCCUGGUUUUCCCGGACCUCCUGGUCUUUCCACUUCCAGCAUAAAAGGAAGCAAAGGUGUUAGAGGGGCAGAUGGCAUACCAGGACCAACAGGGCCAGCCGGCGACAUUGGUCCUCCUGGUCCAAAAGGAAUAGAAGGUCAGUCAGGUUAUCCUGGAGCUAGAGGGGACCCUGGAUAUCGUGGAUUCCCAGGUGUAAAAGGAGAAAAGGGUAAUCAAGGACCCCCUGGACCACCAGGUGCAGAAGGGCCAAGGGGACCAAAGGGCCAACAUGGUCCAUCUGGAGUCCCUGGGAGAAUAUUCUCUGUCCCAGGAAGCAAGGGCCCUCCUGGACUGCCAGGAAUCCCAGGAACACCAGGUGAUCAAGGAAUUCAAGGGAUUCCUGGACUACAAGGACCUAAAGGAGUAAAAGGUCUACCAGGAAGUUUUGGUCAUCCAGGUCAACCAGGACUGCCUGGUCCUAAAGGAGACAGGGGAUUUCCAGGACAAAGAGGCCAACCUGGACUUAUUGGCUUUCCAGGUCUACAGGGGUUACCUGGAUCACCAGGUACUAUCAUUGUUAGGCCAACAAGAAGAGGUUUUAUCUUUACCCGGCAUAGUCAAUCAACAAAGAUUCCUUCAUGCCCACAUGGGACGUCGCAGAUCUAUGUUGGCUAUUCGCUGCUUUUUGUGCAAGGAAAUGAACGAGCACACGGACAAGACCUUGGAACAGCUGGUAGCUGCUUGCAGAGAUUUACCACCAUGCCAUUCUUAUUCUGUAACACCAAUGAUGUUUGUAGUUUUGCUUCUCGCAAUGAUUAUUCAUACUGGCUGUCAACUGCAGCAGUAAUGCCAAUAGACAUGGCACCAAUUUCUGGCAGGGCACUAGAGCCCCAUAUAAGCAGGUGUGUUGUCUGUGAAGGACCUGCAAUGAUAAUAGCAGUUCACAGCCAAACAACUGCAGUUCCUGCAUGUCCGGAAGGCUGGAUAUCUCUCUGGAAGGGUUUUUCUUUUGUUAUGUAUACAAGUGCUGGCUCAGAAGCUUCUGGCCAAGCAUUGGCAUCUCCUGGAUCUUGUCUGGAAGAAUUUCGAGCCAUUCCAUUCAUAGAGUGCCAUGGCAGGGGGACGUGCAACUACUACACAAAUUCCUACAGUUUCUGGCUGGCAUCGUUAAAUCCAAGAAGAAUGUUCAGGAGACCUCUGCCACAGACUUUGAAAGCAGGAGAACUAGAAAAUAUCAUCAGCCGUUGUCAGGUCUGCAUGAAGAGACCAGUCUAAACAGUGGCCACUCUUGAUGGAACAUGAAACUCUGCUUUUAUUACAAAGAAUUGCCUAACUCUAAAGAGCUAUAAUUUAUAUUAAAGCCCAACUGCAUCUGGAAAGAGAAUUAUAAAUUGCCAGUGCAGCACUGUGGUGAAGUAGGGCAACAGUUUGACUUUUGUCUUUGGCAAGUGACAAAGCACUUUGUUGGAGAAAGCUUGUAACGGCAGUCCGCAGGGGCUUCUGCUGAACUAUGCCAUUUAUAAGCUGCAUCUUCAUGAUAAAACUAUGGCAUCACCAGAUCUUUAAUGAAAGGUGUUAAUGCUGCCUUCUGUCAUGUGCUUUUCAAACAGCAAGACAAGCUAAAUGCUCUAAUAUCAGCUUACAUAUGUUCAGUGUUCAAAGUGGAUGUAAUUUAAGAUGAAAAUCUGGCACUUAAGAGAGAUAGGGUUCAAUAGGAAAUAUUUUCAGUGCACUUUUAAAUAUAUAAUGAUUCAUUUAGGGUUGGUUUUGUUUUGGUUUUCUUGUCUAAUAAACAAGUGUCUCCCCACUUACCUCACCAUUCCUCUGGCUGGCAAACAGGAAUACCAUCUUUUUUUAUAUCCUGACAAUAAUAAUGGUUCUUGACUAGCCAGAAAAGGAGCUACACCAUGCCCUGGGCAGGCAGUACAGCAGUGACCUGCACUAGCUGUGUUCUCCAGAGUGACUGUGGCUAAGGACUGACUAAGUGAAAGUGUUGGAAAGUUUUCGUGGCUUUUGACAUAAUCAUGAGAUCUUUUAAAUUCAAAAGCUGACAGUAUUUGGCCUCUACUAUGAUCACAUGCUUUUAUCUCUACUGAAGAACAACUAAUUACCAUAUUUUAAUUUGGUAUUUUGAUGAAAUUAACAGUUACUGUAUGGCUCAAGGCCUCCCAUGGCAUUACCAGGUUAUCACACGCCCAGCAGGAUGCGAUCGCUUUCUAUUUUAUUUUUAAUAGAUAACAAAAAUAUUUGCAUUUUGCAGUAUUCCAUAUUUAAAUAUUUAUUGCAAAUUAUAUUCUGUAUUUAAAUAUUUAUCACAGAUUUCUGCAAAUGAAACAAUUUAUUCCAUCCAGUUAAGCGUAUGCAUCCAAAAUCUAAAAAAGACUGAUAUUUAAAUUGUACCAUCUAAGCACUGACUUAUACAAGAGAAUCCAACUGUAAAUGAACAUAAAUACUUGAAAAGCACUUUCAUUUACUCAUAUAACUUAUAUACAAUUGUAGCUCUGAAGUUUUUUUUUUUAAUAUUUAUAACAUUGCACUUGCAAAGCUAUUUAAAAUUGUAAUGUUAACAUUUAAAAUGUUAAUAUUUUUAAUACUUGCACAAUCUAUCAGAAUUCCAGUAUUUAGUGUUAUAGAAGAAACCUGACUCAUCUGAAUAGUUCUGUAAAUGCAUCAUUUUAAAUGUAGGGUCUAGCAAUUCAUUGAAAUAACCAAGAUUUCUCAUUUAGAUGUUUUUUAAGCCAGUGAAAUUUUAUAUUGUUUCUGUUAAAAUACUUGCAUUUGUUUGUCUGACUGUUUGAAUUCUCAGUGUUAACCGAACUAAGAAAAAGUUUUGUGUGUGUUUCAUGCCAGUAUCUUCUGACAGCCUAACAUGAAGAUACCAUCUGCAUGAACUGAAAGGAUAAAUUAUUGUUUGCUUUAACAGUCAUAGUAUUUCUGUUUGCAAAGUACAGUUGUGAAUUUGCAGGUUUUUAUGAAGAAUCUCUGUGCAGAUGCACUACUGAUAAGAAGGUAUUAAUGUCAAGUUAAGAUUUAGUCUUCCAUUUGAACCAGGUUUGGAGUUGAGGGUGUUUUCCUUUAAACAAUCACAUAUAUAGAUUUUUCCAUAAACUCUGAAGUUUGCUUUAAAUAUUCAAAUAUAAAAUCCACACCUGUUCCUUGUUAGGUUGUUGGGGGUUUGGUGGAGUUUUUUUUUUCAUUAAGGCUCAUCACAAUCACCCAAAGGCAUUGUGCACGGUAUACAAUUGAUGGCUGUGGAGACCCUCAUGCAAAACUUGCUAGCAGAAUGCAGGAUGUAAGUGCCUGAGAUUGAAGUCUGCUGGAAAUGAUCAGUAGAGGGUAAUGUGUAAGGAGAAGGGAACAGAUGGUGGUUUUAAAGUCCAAAGGUAAGUUACAAAGAGAUGUCUCAUAGUAUAGCACGUAACUGAAAGUUGUGCCUUGUUCCCAAUUCUGGCGUCCACUGCUCGCUUUUUAUGUGGCCUUCAACAAGUUACUGAGGAAAGAUUUUCAUAAAUAGCUUUAGAUUUUGAGUGCUCAAACUCAGUCUUUCAAAAGCUUGGAACACAACUACAGGGACACACAUGUUCAUCAAGUCUAGCAUAAUACAAGCUGGACACGGAAAAUCAAGGAAAAACCUGAAAAAAGUCGAUCUCUGCAGAUGCAGAUCAUUUGACGCCCCUACUGCUAAUGAUUGUUGUGAGGAUUAGUUAACUCAUGUCUGUAAAUGCUUUGAGAGCCUUAACUGGAAAGUGCUGACGAGGUGCAAGGUGUUAAUAUAUUGUACUGAAAGAAUGGAAGCACGAGAAAUCAGAAAUAAUGAGCAAACACUGGGGGGGGGGGGGGGGGGGCAAGCGGGGAAGAGGAAAGCAAACCUUCUGCUAAAUACAGCCAAAUAAAAAUAUUUUGACUAAAUAAAAGACCCAUUUCACUUUGGUUUUUUUCUUUGUUCUUCCCUGUGCUAAUGAUCUUUUCCAGUACCUAUGCAUAUUAUUAUUAUUUAAAAAAAAUAAUUGAUAGUGUCAUGUGAUUAAAAGAUAGUAGGUAGUUUAUCCUCAGAAAGACUCUGACCCUCUUCUACUUGGAUUACACUAGAAAUCUAGAGCUUCAGCACAGAAACUCAGCCGGAUGUCUGCCUGCUGUCUUCCUAGACCUGUUUCUACGUAGGAUGCUGGGAUGGGCUGGUGACAGACAGGGGUUUCAAAUCUGAAGGACGUGGCCAUGUUCGAAUUCUCUUCUACGGCAUUCAUUCAUGUUUUCUGCUGGAUUCAUAUGCACGAAGUGCAGGUGGGUGGCAAGUUGCUGUUGACAGAAAUAGUAUGAAAGGAAGAGUUGUGAUUACACUAAAGAAAAACUAGGAAGAGCGCCCUGCCCAGCGUGCCCCCUCCGUACGCAGGUGCUGCGUGCAAGCUCCAUCCGGGCCUUGCCUGAGCUCUGCUGUAGGUGGGCUUGUGUCCAGCCCCCUCCCCUGCUGCUCCCAACUUUUUCACUUGCCUUUGGCCUGGCAUCUGACUUGUCACCCUGCAUCUGCCUGACAGUUGCUGGACAGUCCACAGAACCUUUAAUGUCACCAGCCCAGCUCUGUGUUGCUGUGCCCAGUAUGGUGGGACUGUGCCCUUGCUGGAGAGAUCACUGCCCUGCUGAGGCUGGGGUUGCCUUCCUCUGCGGAAGGAAGCCACGCUUGCAGCUUGCUGGCAAAUACUCACAGCUGGCCUAGGAAACCCUGUAACCCCAGGUGCAAGAAAGGAAAGGAAGUCAAAACCUGUAAAAACUAGUUUUUCUAGUAGGACUUGUAGUGUUUCCUCAGUCAGAAGGCAGUACCCAGAGGUAUUCUGUAACUGCACCCAGACAAACAAGCAGGUUCUGUGCAGCAGAGAGAAAAGGGUACCUAAGAUUGUUAAGAUUUCAGUGUGAAAAUAAGUAAGACUUAUCUGAAAAUCAAACUGAUACAAGUGUUGUCUGCAACAUUGUUGAGGAUAGCCUUUCAAAUCACUGAAGAAAAUCAAGGGUAUCUGCAGAGAUCUGAAAACAGUCAAAGAAAAUAAUUUGUGCAUGGGCCUUCCUGAAAGGGAUGAGAGUACAGCUAGGGUACAGCCUGAUGCAGUCCUUUUUGAGAUUUGACAGAAUACAGGGGUAAUUUAUAACAUGAUACUGCACUAGAAAUCACCAGCAGGGCUCUUCUGGAGAAUUUCCUAUGGAAUAGUAGAACUGAGGUGGUCUGUGGCCACUUUUAUUGGGUGACUGCUCAACUGAUGAACAGCCAUAUAUUCAACGGAAUAAAAACAGUUACAUAACUGAUCGCAAUAUAAAAUUAUAUAUGUGGAAUCCUGGGAGACAGACCAUAUUUCUACUGUACUUCAAGAAUCAGGUUUUAGACUUGUUACUGUUUGGUUGGGAGGGGGGCUGUUUCAUGGAAUUUUUUAAAGACUAAAUCCCUAUUGAUAGUUUGUAAAUCUUAGAGCCUGGAGAACUGGCAAAACUGAGGAGGAAUCUUGUACAGAAUGAUGGGGAUUGCCUGGGAGGAUGUGCUCAGGCCAAAAUUUGUGUUUCAAGGAGGCCAAAUGUAAGAUAACGUAUCUAAAGGCAAAUAAGGUAAACUUCUGAUGUUAAACAACUUUUAUCUAGUAACAGAUCGUAUUUCAGACCACUUGCCUCUGUAAAACAGUGCCGUUUGUAUCCAUAAGGAGCUGAAUUAGCAAGAUGUGGGCCUUGGAUCAAUAUAUGCUUCAAUACUUCUGACAUCGCUACUUAUUUUGACCUCCAAAACAUUGCUGUGACUAUAAAUCAAAACACAGGGCGAGCUCAGAGGCUACUUUCCUCUCCUUA